AUCAUCAUUGUCAUCAUCGUCCGCAUCUCCAACGCAAUCGUCGGUAUCAUCGAAUCGCACGAACAAGUACAUUUAAACAUGACUCAACUACUAGCCGGUAAAGUCGCCGCCAUCACAGGUGGGGUCACGGGUAUCGGAAGAGCGAUCGCCCUUGAGUAUCUCAAACAAGGCGCGUCUGUCUGUGUGAACCAUCUAGGGGAUGAAGCAUCGGAGAGGCAAUUUGAGUCUAUGGUAGCUGAGAACAAAUCGGAAAGUCCGUUGAUUGCUGUGGCUGGAGACAUAUCAAAGAAAGAAACCGCGCUCAGGCUGGUACAGCAGACUGUUGAUCGAUUCGGAAAGCUUAAUAUUUUCGUGAGCAACGCGGGCGUGUGUCAAUUUGCUGAGUUUUUAGAUCUGGAGCAGGAUCUGUUCGAGUUCACAGUCAAAACCAACCUACAUGGGGCGUUCUACGCAACACAAGCAGCCGCUCGACAGAUGGCCUCACAGGGCCAUGGCGGAUCCAUCAUUGGCAUAUCGUCUAUCUCAGCGCUGGUUGGUGGCGGUCUGCAGACGCAUUACACGCCGACCAAAGCAGGGGUCCUGAGCCUGAUGCAGUCUUUGGCUUGCGCACUGGGAAAGUAUAGGAUCAGAUGCAAUGCUCUAUUACCUGGGACCAUUAAGACCCAGUUAAACGAGAAAGACCUAGAAGACGAUACCAAGCGGACGUAUAUGGAAGGACGAAUACCGUUGGGUAGGACAGGUAUGCCUGAUGAUCUCGCUGGACCAGCUGUUUUCCUUGCUAGUGAUAUGUCUCGAUAUGUCAACGGAGCACAGCUACUGGUCGAUGGGGGCCUUUUUGUGAACCUUCAGUAGUUGCUUAGUAUUUGAAAUAUAUUGGAGCUUCGCAGUUCUUCAGCAUUGUUAUUCUCUUACUUUCUGAAGACGGACCGGAGGCGUAUGCUAUCGACAGACUGUUUGAUAGAAGUGUACGUAGUAGUACAGUAUCAAUGACCAGAUGGGGUAUCUACGGACUCAUCACAGAUAGCUACGGAGGAUCACCCACCGGUGCCACCGACUGGCACUUAUGAUACAAACUCCG